AAAGCGUACUGUAUUCAGUUGCGCGGCGCGUUCUACAUUCAAAUUCAAAAUUCCUUUGUCUGAUGUACCUACAUGUAGUUUAAAAAAAAGUUUGUUUUAUAGUAUAAAAAAAGUGCCAGUGAAUUAUUACGUGAAAUGAGAAGUUUAAAUAUCUAAAAAGAAAAAUAAUAAUUCAGUAUUGUUCGUUUGGUUUUUUAAUAUUCAAGGAAUGGAUGAAUGGAAACUGCGCAGAGGUUCUGAAGAGCGAUAACGGUCGACAAAAUGGCCGCUUCCGGUAACGUCACAUUAGCGCAAGAUGGCACCCGACUGCAUCCGUAUUUAGUGGCGUUGGUACGCUGGUGCAUAUCUUCUUUCUGGAGUACAGCUUCGAUUCUCAUCCACAGACUUUUGACCACUCCGUUGCCGCCAAUAGCAGUAAACAUUAUGUUUUCAGCCACAAAACCCCCCAAAAGGCCAGCAAGUUCCGAACAUUUGCACCCGGAGCCGCGGGUCGACUGCGUUGUUUUGCACCAGCCGGCCAACCAUGAGAUUGACGUGAUCUUCGUCCAUGGGUUAUAUGGAUCUCUCGGUAACACAUGGAAGCAAGGCGAGUGGAGAUCAAAAUACAAAGAUGCACCACAAAAACAACCGCUCAGACGACACUCUGACAAUGACGAGAAACCAAAUCUUGCAGACACAAAAAAACAAGACAAAGAAAACAAAAAAAGACAAUACACAAAACUGGACGAAGCAAAACUAAAGAACGAACUGAAAAACAUGCUAAAAGACAUCGACGUUGAUAACGUGAACGAAUUCUAUGAAGACAUGAAGCGGAUACUGCCAAAUGAAAACAUGUUUAUAACAGAGAAAUUUUAUAAUAAUACGCUUCUCGACCAAGUUGAAAUAGUCGGGAACUAUGAAUCUCAAGCGGAUUUCGUAAGAGAUCUCUUCAAGAGCAGCAAUGAAGAAGUUAUAGGAAGUGAUACAAGUGACUGUCAAUGUGUUAGUGUGUGUGAAGUGGGGUGUGGGUGUGUGUGUGACAAGUGUUAUUCGACCUGUUGGCCCCGGGAUUGGAUAAAAUUGGACUAUCCGGGAGCUAGGAUAAUAUCUAUAAAUUAUACAAGUGACCCGUAUUUGUGGAGGCCACUGUGGAUUAAGGAAAUAAAGAGGUUACGACUACACGAAAGGGCUGAACAAAUGACGUCACAACUUUUAGAUCUCGGAGUAGGUGAGAAACCCAUUAUUUGGGUCGGACAUUCCAAAGGAGGUUUAUUUAUUAAACAAAUAUACUGUGAAGCAUAUGAUGCAUAUAUGAAAAUAACCAAAGAAAAUGAAAUAAAUGAAGAUAAUGAUAGAACAGAAAAUGAAAUGAAUGAAAAUUUAAAUAAUGAAAUGAUAAAUAUUAAUUGUGAUAAUGAUAAAUGUAUGAAGAAUGAAAGACUUGUUAAAAAUAAUGAUGAAAUGGAUUUUAAUGAAGAACACAUAGAACCAUCUAGAAGGUCAUCUCUCUACCAGAACAGCCUCGGCUUCAUGUUCUAUUCAGUACCACAUCGCGGAUCACCCUUGGCCGAUAUCAAAACGCCCAUCACGGCACGGAGUAUAGAAUUAUUGGAGAUAUGUAAUAACUGUUCUCUUCUCCUGACCCUCCAAGAGCGCUGGUUAACCGCGACACAACCAACACAGCCCGCGGUACGAAGCCUUGUGGAGACUUGCCGUACGCUUAUGUCUGUGCUGUGGCUGAGAAUUGUUAGCGUGGAUUCUGCUGAUCCAGGCAGAGGAGCGCUCUAUGGCGUGUCAGUAGACCACAGAGAAAUAUGCAAACCGACCAGUCGGAAUUGUCUAUUGUACACAGAACUUAUGCAUCUUAUGAGUACAGCGUUGUGUAAAAAAUGAUUGUUUUUAGAUUAUUAAACGUUUUAAAACAUCAAAUGAAUGUGUAAUAAUUUGUGAAAAAUGCAAAUUUUUAUAAUGUGAUGCAACUGGAAACGUCAAUUAACUUAAUUGUGUUCUGUUUUAAAUUAAUUGAAAAAAAAACUAAAACAACUUAUAAUAGUCAGACCUAGACCAAAUUAAUGGUACAGGACGGGCAUCAGCUUUAAAAUAAAAAAUAAUUCUCAAAAUCGGUUAACGUAAUUUAAAGUUACGAGAUAUCGAACCAAAAUAUUCAAAGCUUUUUGUGAAAUCAGUUUCAGAAAGUGUCUUGAAAAAUACGUACUCAGAAAUGCUUUUUGCAUUUCAAUAACAAAUUUAUUUUAUUUUACAGCUCUUAUAUCAAAUAAUAAAAUAAUAAUUAACUUGGAUACGUCGUCGCAAGAUGGCGCUGAAUCGAUGCUUUUCUUAGUUGUAUCGUGUUAGAAAAAAGUGUGAUUCUCUUAGCUGUUAAAAUGAUUGUUAUAAUUUUCUUUUGUUAAUAAAUAACUAUGAACUUAGUAUAGGUGGGUACGUUAAACAUUUCUCUAUAUAAAUUUACGAAAAUAAAUGUGCAUUUUAAUAAUUUACGAAUUAUCACAAUUAAUUUUAUUUUCACGUUCAAUCAAAUAAUAAUAUUCUAGAAUAGCUUUAUCACAUUUAAUUAAAUUGUUAUUAAUUUUGACACAAUAUAAUCAUAAAAUCACGAUGUUAUUUUUAAACUAAGUCAAAAACUUAAAUGUUUACACACUCAUUAGUUAUUACAUUUAAUAAAAUUACUAUUUUUGGCACCUUUUACUUUUUUACAUUAAUAAUUAAAUAUUAUAGUCACUAGAAAGGAAGGUCCAAUUAUUAUAAUUAUAGAUUUUUUAUGAAUUAAGAUUUUAAAUGACAGUAUGUACAUAAAGAAAAAAUGAUACGUAUAAAUAAUUAAUAUUAUGUUAAUAAAAACAAUAUUGUGGUAAAUGAAAAAUAUUUAUUUUUAGAACAUCGUUCAAAAUUUGUAAAUAUAUUGUAUGAACUGUCAAAGUGACGUUUAACCCAUAUUUUUGCAAUGUUCUUUUUUAAUUAGCGUUUUGCUAGGAUACUGCAUCAAAUGCAUAAAAUUUUGGAUAGAAUAUAUUAUGUGAAUAUAAAGUUAGUAAUUAUUAUUAAGGAAAAUGGUGAUUAAGAAAACACAUAUUUAAAUUGUUGGACUUAUUAAUAAACAAAGUAAAUCGUAUAUUUACCUUAGAAUAAUGUGCAAUUAUAAUAUUAUGUAAUUUAAAAAUUGAUCAACGUAAAAUAAAUCAUUUGUUUUAUAAA